AUAGAACUGAAGGCAUAUUCGUACUACUGUUUAUAUUCUAUUUAGUGCAUUAAUGACAGAAAUACAAACGUUUGUGCAUCUUUAUAUUGGAUGUCAAUUGCCUAUUUUAUUUCUUCUUUCUUCUUUCUUUUUCAUAAAAUAGAUGCGCUUCUCAACCAACAAUCCUGUUUCCUUAACUCAUUCUCCUAACGACUUUUUGUCUCUCUCUAUGCCCAAAAAAGAAACAGCUGUCACUAAACAAGAAGACAUCAACCGUAAUUUAAGAAACUAUUACGCCAACACAAACUCAAAUAAAAGCCAACUAACAGAGGAUGAUUCAAGUCUACAGAAAAGCAAUGAAGAAAGACAAACACGUCACAAGGCUGUCAAGCAAUAUCAGGAACAAUCAUCUGAGCAACAAAGACACUGGAAAGAAUAUUCCAACUCGUCCUUUGUUGACAUAAACACAUAUGCACCACUGAAAUUCAAAACGCAUGGUUAUGUCAGAGAUACUCGAUCCAACUCAGACUGUUUACGAAUCACCGCGAUAAAGAAUCAAGCACAAGUUGUUGUUCAUACAAAACGACCUUACCUUAAGAAACGAAGAGACCCAUUUGAAUGGGGAAAGUCUUCUCCCUUACGAACUGAAGUUUAGUAUAUGAUUGUAAAUAGCUUAUUU